UCCUUCUCCAAAAAAGCCAAUCGACCCUUCUCGUAUGGCACGCUACAUCAGUGCAGUCGCCGAUUUUUGUUGACAUUCGUGAAAACCACAGUGAAAAAUAUUUUAAGCGAAAAAAAGUGCCACCGUAUUUGGAAAUCCCGGGAAAGAUUGUGUUCUGAUUGUCGAAAACAUCCGCCAGCCGGUGCUGCCACUGACCGACUGACUGAAUACGAACGAUGGAGGUUUGCCGAACGUGUAUGAAUGCCAACCGGGAUGAGUUUCACCAGCAGCUCGUUCCGAUCUAUUCGAAGCUGGACGAUGCCUUCAUAGCGAACAUCAUCAUGGAGUGCACUGCCAUUCAGAUUCACGAGAAUGACGGUAUGCCAGCCUACGUUUGUGCCGGGUGCAUAGAAACGUUAAAGCUGUUAGUGGGCUUCGUAAAAACCGCUCGUGACUGUGACCGUCAGCUACGUAAGCUUUUCAAACCGGAAGCAACCCCGGGUCAUAGCUUCCCUGCUGCCACUGCCGGCGGCGCCGCAAGUAGCACCAGCACUACCAAUGAUGUCGUAGCCUUGGAAAACGAUACCGAUGUGUUCCAAUUUACUGAGAUAAAAAUUGAACCCAUCGAAGGUUUUGUGGAGGAAAAUGUGGAAUGUUCUUACCAGGAGGAGGCCGCUGAAGCAAGCGAACCGAGUGGCGAUGAGGAAUCUCAAAGUUCGGAUGAUGGUGAUAGCGAAAGCGAUAGCGAUUGGAAAGGAAGCGAUGAUGAACUGGUAGAGGAACUGCCGAAGAAGAAGCGUGGACGUAAGCCAAGGCCGAAACCAGCGAACACGGAUGAUAAGCCACUGCUCAACAAGCGGCGUUCCAAGCGAGAUGAUGAUCUGGAAAUGAACGAUCAUGAGCUGGAACUAUACACGGUUAUCCAGGUUCAACCCGGCAAGCAUAUUUGCUGCGGCUGUUUGCUGGUAUUUGAGUCAGAACAAGAAUUAGAGACUCAUCGUAGUAGAGUUCACGUCCGAAGGCGAGAGCCCAAGGGUAAACCAACUACUAAAGUUCUCUGUGACGGUUGUCUCCGCAAGUACAAAUCGAAGCGUCGCGUCAACUACCACAAAGAGCGCAUUCGACAGUUGGAGAUUAUUUGGGAAUGUAACAAGUGUAAGAACCGAUUUAGUGAAGCGACCCGUCGACGUAACCACUCCAGGAAGCAUCCGUACAAGAAAGGACCCAGCGCUUUGGUGGCUCCGAUCAAAGAAGCGAUCCAACAAGAACUCGGAUGGAUUUGCUGCGCACAGGCUUGCGGUCUGUCAUUCCCAACGGAAAAGGAGAUGGUUGACCAUGCCCACAAAGCCCAUCAAAUCAACAAACAAGAAGCCGAACUGGAAGACCCCGCAGAAAAACCGAUGCAGUGUCAGGUGUGCUACCGGAGGUUCUUGGACAAAAGCGGACUGAUCAACCACCAGCAGCGGUUGUACAAGUUGCAGAAGUUCCAGUGUGCCCUGUGCGGACUACAGUUCAACAGCGGAGCCCGGCUAACGGAGCAUGAACUGACUCAUCAGAACGAUAGGCCGUUCAAGUGCGACGUUUGCGACAAGAAGUUCACGCAGAAGGGCAAUCUGAAGACGCACAUGACGAUCCAUUCCAACGAGAAGCCGUUCCAGUGUACGGCUUGUGGAAUGUCAUUCCGACAGAAAGGCGGCCUUAAGGCUCACAUGUCCAAUCACAUAGAGACUCCGCAGUUCAAGUGUGAGGUUUGCUCGAAAAUGUUCAAAGCAAAGCUGCAUCUACGGUAUCACAUGCGAAUUCACAACGGCGAGAAGAAGUUCCCAUGUCGCUACUGCGAAAAAGCCUUCACUGACUUCACGAACAGAAUGAGGCAUGAAAUGAGCCAUACAGGUAUAAAACCGUACAAAUGUCAAUACUGUGACAAGUCGUUCAUAAGAAAGCGUUUUCAGCUGGAACAUGAAAGUACUCAUACUGGCAUUAAAAUGUACAACUGCGCAGUGUGCCACCAGGGAUUUGGACAGAAGAAUUCCCUCAAAAAGCACAUGCAAACCAAUCAUCCCACUUUCGAACCAUCCGAAGAUGGUGGUGGUGGACAGGGGAGCAGCAGAGCCAGCACCUAUCACAAUCAACCAGUUUCUCCGACAGCGAGCAUCAGUAGCAAUAGUAGCUCGUUGCCAGCGCACAAUCAGCAGGCCAUAAUGCCACCGCAAACCCAUCCCAUCCCGUUGACCAAUCAGCAGCACUUACAGUUUAUGACGGCCUUCCAACAGCAGCCUCAUUGAAAUGUGUGAUGAUCAGUUUUUUACGUAUCUUGAAUAAACGAUAAUUAUGACAAGAAGUCUACUUAAUUUC